GCGCCGAGGGCAGCCCCGCCGCAGGCAGCGCAGCGCAGCGCAGGGCCGGGGCGCGCGGCCGCCGCCGCUCCCUGGGGAUCGCCACUCACCGGCAGCGGCGCGGGCGAGCCGGCCAUGGCCGCCCCCGCCCGGUACCUGCUGGCUUGAGAUGAGCGGCGGCGACGGGCGCUGCGGGCGUUGGAUGGGGCAGGCGGGCGGCGGAGGGCUGGCUUCCCGGGCGCGCCGCUGAGGUGGCCCCAGGGCCGCGCCGGGCCACGGGCGCCUUUUUAUUUUCCUAUUUUUGGUCGUGUUUUGGGGUUUUUUUUGUUUUGUGUUUGUGGUGUGUUUUUUUUUUUUUUUCCAAUAUCGAUUUUUUUCCGCCAGUCGGCGGGGAGGGGGGCUUGCUGUGCGGAGAGCGGCAGGCCGAGCCGAGCCGAGCCGAGCCGAGCCGGGGGCGGCUGGCCGGCGGUCGGCGGGGGCCGGCGAUGCGGUGCUUCGCUCUGCUCGGCCUCGUCGCCUGGGGCCUGGGGAGCUGGGCCGGGCCCAGCGGCGGAGCGUCCCCUCCGCCUUGCCCGGCCUCCUGCAGCUGCGACGGCGACCGCGGCGUGGACUGCUCGGGGCGGGGGCUGGCCGCCGUGCCCCCGGGACUCAGCGCCUUCACGCACGCCCUAGACAUCAGCAUGAAUAACAUCACAAGGCUACCAGAGGAUGCGUUCAAGAACUUUCCCUACUUGGAAGAGCUGCGGCUGGCUGGCAAUGACCUUUCUUUUAUCCAUCCAAAGGCCUUGUCUGGCUUGAAAGAACUCAAAGUUCUAACCCUGCAGAACAAUCAGCUGAAGACUGUACCUAACGAGGCCAUCAGAGGAUUAAGUGGUUUACAGUCCUUGCGUUUAGAUGCAAACCAUAUUACUGCCAUACCAGAAGACAGUUUUGAGGGCCUGGUGCAGCUGCGUCACCUUUGGUUGGAUGACAACAGUUUGACAGAAGUUCCCAUCUAUCCCCUCAGCAAUCUCCCCUCUCUGCAGGCGUUAACGUUGGCUCUUAACAAAAUAACACACAUUCCUGACUAUGCAUUUACCAACCUUUCAAGUCUUGUUGUUCUACAUCUUCAUAAUAAUAAAAUAAAAACGAUAGGAAAACACUGCUUUGAUGGAUUAGACAACCUUGAAACCUUGGAUUUAAAUUAUAAUAACAUGGUAGAGUUCCCUGAAGCCAUAAAAGCACUCCCAAAUCUAAAGGAGUUGGGAUUUCACAGUAACUACAUUUCCAUAAUUCCUGAUGGUGCAUUUGCAGGAAACCCCCUUCUAAGAACAAUACAUUUGUAUGAUAACCCUUUGUCUUUUGUGGGGAACUCAGCCUUUCAGAAUCUGUCAGAUCUGCAUUCCCUGGUCAUUCGGGGUGCCAGCAUGGUGCAGUGGUUUCCUAAUUUGACAGGAACUGUGAACCUGGAGAGUUUAACUCUAACAGGGACCAAAAUAAACAGUAUUCCUGUUAAUUUAUGCCAAGAGCAAAAGGUGCUACGAACUUUGGACUUGUCUUAUAACAAUAUAAAGGACCUCCCAAGUUUUAAGGGCUGCCACUCCUUGGAAGAAAUUUCCUUACAGCAUAAUCAAAUCCAUGAAAUCACUGAGGAUACCUUUCAAGGACUGUCAUCCCUUCGUAUCCUUGACCUCAGUAGAAAUCGGAUCCAUCACAUCCACAAAGAAGCUUUCAUUACUGUUGGAGCUCUUGUUAACUUAGACCUAAGUUUCAAUGAACUCACUUCAGUUCCAGCUGAAGGAUUGAGUGGACUGAACCAGCUUAAACUUGCAGGCAAUUCUGAGUUGAAGGAGGCUUUGGCAGCGAAGAACUUUGCAAAACUCCGGUCUCUCUCUGUACCAUAUGCUUACCAGUGCUGUGCAUUUUGGGGUUGUGAGUCUUACUUAAAUUCUGAUGCUGAAGAUUCCAGUCACCAAGAUCAGGGUGCCUUGAUGGACCGUGAGAAGGCUGAUGCAGAUGUUCUAAGAAAUGAGGAGAAUGAGGAACUGGGGCAGACUAUUAUUCACUGUACACCAGCAACAGGUGCUUUUAAGCCUUGUGAAUAUUUAUUGGGCAGCUGGAUGAUUCGACUUACUGUCUGGUUUAUUUUUUUGGUUGCUUUGUUCUUCAACCUGCUUGUCAUGCUGACAAUAUUUGCAUCCUGUACUCCACUGCCGUCUUCCAAACUGUUUAUAGGCCUGAUUUCUGUCUCUAACUUAUUUAUGGGAGUCUAUACUGGUAUUUUAACUUUCUUGGAUGCUGUCUCUUGGGGCAGAUUUGCUGAAUUUGGCAUAUGGUGGGAGACUGGCAGUGGCUGCAGAGUAGCUGGGUUUCUUGCAGUCUUUUCCUCAGAAAGUGCCAUUUUUUUCCUGAUGUUGGCAGCUGUUGAACGGAGCUUCUCUGCAAAGGAGAUCAUUAAAAAGGGGAAAAGCAAUCGCCAAAAACAGUUUCAGAUGGCAGCAGGUUUUGCUUUCCUGUGUGCUGUGGUAGCAGGAUGCUUACCACUCUUUUAUAAAGCGGAGUACUCGGCGUCACCCCUUUGCUUGCCCUUCCCCACCGGAGAGACACCUUCGUUAGGCUUCACAGUAACUUUAGUGCUCCUGAAUUCAUUAGCAUUUUUGCUAAUGGCUAUUAUCUACACCAAACUCUAUUGCAACUUGGAAAAAGAGGACCUCUCCGAAAACUCGCAGUCCAGCAUGAUUAAGCACGUCGCUUGGCUCAUCUUCACAAACUGCAUCUUCUUCUGCCCCGUUGCCUUCUUCUCCUUUGCGCCGCUGAUCACCGCCAUUUCCAUCAGCCCCGAGAUCAUGAAGUCUGUCACUUUGAUAUUUUUCCCAUUACCUGCUUGCCUGAAUCCCGUUCUGUAUGUGUUCUUCAACCCAAAGUUCAAGGAAGACUGGAAGCUGCUCAGGCGCCACAUGAGCAGGAAGAACGGCGCGCUGGCCAUCGCUGUCAGCGCCCAGGGGGGCUGCGUCCCGCAGGAUUUCUACUACGAGUGCGGGGUCUACACCCACCUGCAGGGUAACAUUGCCGUCUGCGAGUGCUGCGAGUCGCUCCUUUUAUCCAAGCCCGUGCCCUGUAAACACUUAAUCAAAUCCCACAGCUGCCCCGCGCUGGCGGUGGUGCCGUGCCACAGGCCCGAUGGCUACUGGUCAGACUGUGGCACCCAGUCAGCCCACUCCGACUAUGCGGACGAGGACGACUCCUUCGUCUCGGACAGCUCGGACCAAGUGCAGGCCUGUGGCCGCGCCUGUUUCUACCAAAGCCGAGGAUUCCCCUUGGUGCGUUACGCCUACAACAUACCCAGGAUUAAAGACUGAAAGGUGUUCUGGCCAACAGCUGUUCUGAUAACGAGGUGUAACCCUUCGCAGGCCGCUGCCUGUUUUGGCCUUUCAAGCAGGAAGCACUUUUGUAAUCAUCGCUCAGUGUCGUUUGGAAAGAAGGGAAGCGGGCGGUAACUUCUUGAGCCAUACGUUUAAAAAAAUAACUUUCGAAUAAAUCGGUUGCCCUGACUGUAAAUAAUUGGUAAACCAAAUUUGUUACCCAAUAUUUUUACUCUUUCCACGCAAUAGUGGUUUCUUUUAUACAGUUUUUUACAUGCUAAUGCUGUGUUUCCACAUUGUACUCCAGUUGUACUUUGCUUCUGCUGUUGGCGAGGUAAGUUCUGUUGAUUUCUAUUUUUAUUUUUUUUUUUGCCAAAGCACAAUAUAAAGGACAGCUGUUUAAUACUAAAGGAAUUAUUUUUAAAUGUGACUUUUCUAUAAGAAAAAAAACCUCUUUUGCUAGCUUUGUAUAGUGUAUUCAGCAUUGAAUCUCAGGAUGAAUUUUACUGCAGGGCCAAAAAAGGGAUUAAUUCUCCCACACGUAACUGUGACAGCAAUAUAGGAAUGCCAUGUUUGUUUAAUAAUUCAAGCCAGCGUUUAAUUUGUUACAAAAGGUUUUGCUACAGUAAAGCACUUGUAAUCCACAGUGACUGUAGACUCUGAGAAAUAAGAAUAUGAACAGCUGUCAGGAAUAGUAGGGUUGGACAUGUUUUUCCAGUGAUGAUGCAUUAGUUCAGGUGAACCACAGCAACUUUCUUCAGCGUUAUGCAGUCGGGUCACCCUGCUGGAAGAAACAUUGAUGCAUUGGGGGGGUGUUAGCAGUUCUGUCAAUGAAUACAGCUCAUAUCUUGUCUGGCGAAUGCUCUGCAGCCUGCUGAAUGUUAAGAGCACCCCAAUAAUAUCUAGGAAUAGACCGAGAUCUUUGCAAAUGGAGGGAACACAGAAAGCAAUUUUGCAAUAAAGAAAAGAAUUUUUACAAUUAUUUUACUGAGAGUGAAGUACACUGUGCAAACUGACUGAUUUUCAUCUAAAUCAGUGCAGUGUUUUUAAACCAUUCAAGUCCUGAGACCCAAAUGAUUUAAGUACAAUCAGUGAGCCAUUUAUAUUUAGUUUGAAAUUGGAGUGACAUAAAGCUACGAAUGCAUGAUUAAAUAAUUCUCUAUGUUUCUUGAACAAUACCUAAAUCAAGAGCAAAUCCACUGCCAUCCCAGUUGCUCUGGAGACAUUUUUGUUAAGAUUUAAAGCUAGAUUGCUGUUUUGAGAAUUAAACUGUAUAUACUGUUCAUACAAUUAAUUUUUAUCUUUGUAUUGUAAAUUAUUUGAUAGAACACAUGAUGGGAAAUGUGGCUUCAGUUCAUUUUGUUAAUUAAAGCUACCUCCUAAACAAUAGUGGCUGCCAGUAGCAGAAUGUUUAAAAUGUGGUUUAUAUACUUUUUGCAUUGUAAAUAGACAUGGUUGUAUAUUGUCACUGUAAUAAAAACAGAAUCCUUGUAUAUCAAAAUCAUGUAGUUUGUACAAAGUACAGGAGGUUUAUUUACUGUAUGCUGUUAAUUUUGUAAGCCAAAAUAUUCACAUGUAAAAACAAAAGAAAAGAAAACCAACCCAGAGUUGUUAAUUCUUAUAUUUACACUCAUGAAUAUUACAUCUGCAAUUAGUGUGCAAUCUUACACUGAAAGCAAAUAAAGGGUACAUCAAUAUUGAUUGUUAUUUAUCUCUGUUUUUCAAAAGAUAAGGCUGAAAAUGGUGCACAUGUAAAAUUAUUGAGCGUAAAUAAUGUGUCAUCUGCUCCCAACUACAUGUGGUGAGAGUUUCAGGUAAUAAUUGCCAACAAAGUAAGAAAGUUGUCAAUUUACAAGGGGGUUUAUUAUCUCAGACUAAUGCUGACUCUUGGCAUGCAAAAGGUUAAAACCUUCAGAGAAGUGUUUGUUCUCUUAUAAAGCAAUCUCUUUAAUAAAGACAUUAUUACAUAUUA